AUGAUUACCCAGUGGAAAGUACCAGAUACGGUAAAGGGUGUACAGUCAUUCCUAGGUUUCUACAACUUCUAUCGACGAUUUAUAAAGGACUAUAGUCGGAUUGCUAGACCCCUGCAUCACCUCACAAGGAAGGACGUCAGAUUUUUCUGGACUAGCGACUGUCAAGAAGCCUUUAAUACCUUAAAGACCGCGCUAAGCGAAGCACCAAUCCUCAAGCAUUACCAGCCGGAGUUACCAACGCGGGUGGAGACAGACGCAUCGAAGGGAGUGAUUGCAGGUGUCCUCCAGCAGAAGCAUAUGGACCUUUGGCACCCUGUGGCGUACUUUUCGAAAAGCAUGAAUGAUGCGGAACAAAAUUAUGACAUCCAUGACCAGGAGAUGCUGGCAAUAGUACGAUCCUUGACUGAAUGGCGUGCAGAGCUAGUGGGGCUACAACGAUCAGAGCGUUUUGAAAUCUGGACGGAUCACCAAGCAUUGGAAUACUUUAUGACUAAACGAAAGCUGAAUCGCCGGCAGGCAUCAUGGUCUAAGUUCAUAUCCCAGUUCCACUUCCUCAUCAAAUACCGGCCAGGAAAGGAAAACAUGUUGGCUGAUGCGCUAAGUCGACCAGAAGUCAUGCCUGGAGAUCCAGAUUCCCGGAAUCAAGUCCUCCUUCGACUAGAAUAG